CCAAAAAAAAUACCAAAAUAGCACUAACACCUUUAAAUCCAAAUUCCGGUUUUGUUAUUUGAUUUGUUUUUGUGAUUAUUUGAAAACACCAAAAGUGGCUGGUCAAUGAAGCAUCUCCUGGAGGAUGCCUCGGUCUUGGCCGACUUGCAGGUGCUACCGGAGAAGACCGGUAGUGUGCAGGAUCGGCAGGAGGCCCCCAAGAAUCCUGCAGAGAUUUCCGCGCCCGACCGAGGUUGGCCGGGCGCUGCAGACGAUUCGCUGCGGGAGAGGGAUACUCUCGGGCAACUGGCCUGCAGUCUUCACAAGCUAUCCAAAAACGAUCACAUAGUCAUCGAUCGAAAGCGCAAUCAGGUGAUUCGCACGGAUGCGGUGACGCAGCAGAUAACGAUUUACCGUUGUCCGGAUCCCGCUGGCAUGGGAAUUCGCCCGGCGCUCGAGAAAGAUCCACCGAAUCCGCCGCCCAAAGUGGGAAGACCAUCGAAAAGAGCCUGUGCAGUUGCCACAGCUCCUGUGGCAAAAAAACCAUCACUGGCGGAGCAGAAACCCGCUACCGACACCCAUCGCACCAGAUCCGGUCGCCAGGUGCGCAGCUCAAUGCCACAGCCCGCUCCCGUGACCAGUGGCCCUGCCGUGGAGCCAAGUUCUGCCCGCAUGCUGGAGAUGCUGGUGGCGGAUUUGCGCGACAAGAACUACCGAGCACCUAUGCCGGCGCCGAAAAGUACGAGUGUCAGGAGCAGUAUCAGUUUAAGCCAGGAACCUGCUACAACGACCACCCAACGAGCUGUGCCCAAGAAUGCAGUUUGUCCGGGCUGUGGAAAGAUUUUUCUGGGACGCCGUCUGCAGCGUCACUUUGUCAAAUUCCCAGAGCACAUGCCCCGUCCGGGCGAGCAUCCACCACCUGCAGCUGCAGCUACAGCACCGUCAACAGCUACUCCUCCGUCCACGCCCUCGCUUUUCGGCCUUCUGACAGCCCAACUGCAGCGGCAUUCGCAUCUCAGCGAGGAACAGCGCUCUGAUCUCUUUCUCAACGAACUUAAUGACUUUGUGGAGCAGCUGCAGUUGCGCAGCCAACGGCUUAUACGAAAUACCUCUGGAUUGCAUUUCGUAAAUGCGCGGAUUGCACGAGUUUUGGGCAUACCCGAGGGUCAGUAUGCCCUGGAUAUGUCUGCCAUGGAAUCGCCGCUGGCCCCGAUGCCGGAACCAGAGGGAGCAGCUUUGGUUGCCGGCAGCGGUCGUACCGAAGGAGCCCGCAAUCUAGUGGUCUACGCAGAGCUGAGCAUGUCGCUGGACGAUCCGCUCACUGACGAGGCUGCACAACGUCUUAAUCUGUCGGCGGGCGGUCAGCUUCACCCGCCUUCCGAGGAGAGCCUGCUCAGAAAUGUAAGCGAUCUUAUGCAGCCGCCAGUGGCAACUGCUCCUCCAACUGUGAACCAUGGCUACGAUCAUGCCAGCGACAAUGCCGUGGAGGCCCUGACCAUGAAGGAAACGCCCAACACAGAGGCCAUUCUCGAUCUCAACGUGGACUUCUUCCAGUUUAACCCGAAUUAGAAAGGACAAUUACUUCGAACGCAGUUAUCAAGCCAUUGAGUAGAAGAAUCCUAUGAUAGAAUGAAAGGUAUUUCAACUACUUUUUACGUUGAACACUGAAAGUUUAUAUGAAUACGAAAGUUUAAAACAUUUAUUUUAUGUUCGUGUAUAUGGCAUGAAGAAAAUCACUUAAAAACCUACAUGAACUUUUCUAAGAAGAGUAUUAAUGGAUUAUGUAAAUAUAGAAUACAUUCGAUAUAUUUGUUGCAUAGAUUUUUGAACUUUUACAUAAGAUUAAUAUUGAAACUUAAUAAUUUCAAAAGAAACAAAAUGAAAAGCCAUAUAUCUUGCAAUUAGUAGGUCAAUGUAAAUGGAUGAGUGGGAAAACUGCCCGGUUGAUGGAGAUUAUUUAUGAAGUACUUAACUGGCUCACGAAAGAUGCCUAUUAAAUGAAUUUAGCCACCCUGAGUUUU